GUCAAGAGCAGACGUCUGCCCAGGAGAGGAAAGCACACCAGGGCUGGUGAAAGUCUGGAUGAAAUAGCAAACAACUGAGAAGGAGAAAGAAGAGAGGAGUGACAGCUGUUGGACGGAGGAAGAGAGAGAGGAGCAGCAGACCAGAGAGGGAGGAGAGAGGAGAAAGAUAAGAGUGUGGCAAACAGGAGACACUGAGAGGAAGCACAUGGUGUAAAAAUGCCCACCAACUUCACUGUGGUCCCAGUGAAGGACGGCACUGGAAAGGCAAAAAAGGGUAACAAGGAGGAUGAUGUGGAUGACAACAAUGUCAUAAAAGAGGAAGAGGAGGGAGCUACAGGUGAUGGCUUACCAAAGGAAAACAGUCCCUUCAUCAACAACACAGACAAUGACAAAGGAAACAGCUACGAUGGCACCAACAUGGCCCUUUUUGAGGAGGAGAUGGACAGCAACCCCAUGGUGUCAUCUCUGCUUAAUAAACUGGCAAACUACACCAACCUGACCCAGGGGGCCCAGGAGCACGAGGAGGCCGAUGAUGACGAGGGACCCAAGAAGAAAGCAGUUAAGAGCCCUCAGAUGGGGACCUUCAUGGGUGUCUACCUCCCCUGCCUCCAGAAUAUUCUCGGGGUCAUCCUGUUUCUGCGUCUCACCUGGAUUGUCGGCACUGCCGGCAUCUUGGAGUCCCUGGCUAUUGUCAUCCUGUGCUGCUCUUGUACCAUGCUGACUGCUAUAUCCAUGAGUGCAAUCGCUACCAACGGUGUUGUUCCAGCUGGAGGCUCCUACUAUAUGAUCUCCAGAUCUCUGGGCCCAGAGUUUGGUGGAGCUGUCGGUCUCUGUUUCUAUCUGGGCACAACCUUCGCUGGCUCCAUGUACAUACUUGGUACUAUAGAGAUUCUGCUGACCUACAUCGUGCCUAAAGCAGCCAUCUUUGUGGCAGAGAGAAAGGAGGAUGAGGUGGACGCCCUGCUGAAUAACAUGCGAGUUUAUGGCACGUGCUGCCUAGCGCUGAUGUCCGUGGUCGUAUUUGUAGGGGUGAAAUAUGUCAACAAGCUGGCACUCGUCUUCCUGGCUUGUGUCAUUCUCUCCAUCCUCGCCAUCUAUGCUGGAGUCAUCAAGACCAUCUUUGAGCCACCAGAUUUUCCUGUUUGCAUGUUGGGAAACCGUACUCUGCAGAACCAAAACUUUGACAAAUGUCUAAAGACUGAUGUUAUAGGCAACCUAACGGUCACCACCAAGCUGUGGAGUCUCUUCUGUGAUGGACCUGAGCUUAAUGCAACGUGCAAUGAAUAUUUCGACAACAACAAUGUGACCGAGGUGCAGGGCAUCCCAGGACUGACCAGCGGCAUCAUAUCAGAAAACAUGUGGUCAGUGUACGGCCCUCUGGGUAUGUUGGUAGAAGACAAGAAGUUGUCCUCUCUUGGGGGAAGUGACUCUUCCCAGGACAUCUACCUGCCCUAUGUAGUGAAUGACAUCACCACCUUCUUCACACUGCUGGUCGGCAUCUACUUCCCAUCCGUCACUGGUAUUAUGGCUGGUUCAAACCGCUCAGGUGACUUGCGAGAUGCCCAGAAGUCCAUCCCUAUUGGCACCAUCCUGGCUAUCGCUACCACCUCCUUCAUCUACGUCAGCUGUGUGAUUCUGUUCGGUGGCUGCAUUGAGGGAGUUCUGCUUCGAGACAAAUUUGGUGACUCAGUGAAAGGGAACCUUGUAAUAGGCACACUAUCCUGGCCCUCGCCCUGGGUUAUUGUGAUUGGCUCUUUCUUCUCCUGCUGUGGGGCGGGGCUACAAAGUUUGACUGGCGCCCCACGCCUGCUGCAGGCCAUCGCACGAGAUGGCAUCGUACCUUUCUUACAGGUGUUUGGACAUGGCAAAGCUAACGGAGAACCUACCUGGGCUCUGCUGCUGACUGCUGGGAUCUGUGAGAUCGGCAUCCUCAUUGCCUCCCUGGACGCUGUGGCUCCCAUCCUCUCUAUGUUUUUCCUCAUGUGCUACUUGUUUGUGAACCUGGCCUGUGCUGUUCAGACACUGCUGCGGACGCCUAACUGGAGACCACGCUUCAAAUACUACCACUGGGCUCUGUCCUUCCUGGGAAUGAGCUUGUGUCUUGCUCUCAUGUUCAUCUGUUCCUGGUAUUAUGCUAUUGUGGCCAUGGCCAUCGCUUCCUGCAUCUACAAAUACAUUGAAUACAGAGGGGCAGAGAAGGAGUGGGGAGACGGCAUCCGUGGUCUGUCUCUCAAUGCAGCACGCUACGCCCUCAUCCGCCUUGAGGAGGCUCCACCACACACUAAGAACUGGAGGCCUCAGGUGUUGGUGCUCCUGAAUGUGGACUCGGAUCAAGCAGUCAAACACGUUCGUCUGCUGUCCCUCACCACUCAGCUGAAGGCGGGCAAAGGCCUCACCAUAGUGGGAAAUGUUUUAGAAGGAACCUAUCUCACCAAAGAAGCAGAAGCAAAGAAGGCUGAGCAGAACAUCAAGUCUGCCAUGUCAGCAGAGAAAACAAAGGGUUUCUGCCAUGUUGUGGUGUCCUCAAACCUCAGAGAUGGCAUGUCCCACCUCAUCCAGUCUGCUGGGCUCGGAGGCAUGAAGCACAACACAGUCCUGAUGGCCUGGCCCGGGACCUGGAGGCAGUCCAAUGACCCGCAGUCAUGGAAGAAUUUCAUAGAGACAGUGCGGGAGAGCACAGCAGCCCAUCACGCCUUGCUCGUGGCUAAGAAUGUGGACAGUUUCCCCACCAACCAGGACCGGCUGGGGGAGGGCACCAUCGACGUGUGGUGGGUGGUUCACGAUGGAGGCAUGCUCAUGCUGCUGCCCUUCCUGCUGCGACAGCACAAGGUGUGGAGGAAGUGUAAGAUGCGCAUCUUCACCGUGGCCCAGAUGGAUGACAACAGCAUUCAGAUGAAGAAAGAUCUCCAGGUGUUCCUUUACCACCUGCGACUGGAUGCAGAAGUGGAAGUGGUGGAGAUGCACGAUAAUGACAUCUCAGCCUUCACCUAUGAGAAGACUCUGGUGAUGGAGCAGAGGUCUCAGAUGCUCAAACAGAUGCAACUUUCCAGGACUGAGAGGGAGAGAGAGAUUCAGAGUAUCACUGAUGAAUCGCGUAGCUCAAUCCGGAGGAAGAACCCGGGCGCUGCCGCCAGCACCACCCUCAGCCGGCAGUCCUCAACCGUGGAGGACACCCAGGAGGACGAGGUAGCCGAUGUCCUCCCUUCUUUCCAGGCUCAGCUCAUCCAUGACAGAAACACAGCAUCUCACGCCGCCAUCAAUGACAAGGCUGAGGCCACGCCCGAACAGGUCCACAUGACCUGGACCAAGGACAAGCUCUUCACAGAGCGCAACCGCAACCGCGAGUGUAACGCCAACGUGGCUGUACGAGACCUGUUUAACAUGAAACCAGAGUGGGAGAGUCUGAACCAGUCAAAUGUCCGUCGGAUGCACACAGCUGUCAAGAUGAAUGAGGUGGUGGUCAACAAGUCGCAGGGAGCUCACCUGGUUCUGCUCAACAUGCCCGGACCACCGAGGAACAGAGGAGGAGAUGAAAACUACAUGGAGUUCCUGGAGGUUCUCCUCGAGGGUCUGAACCGGGUCCUCCUGGUUCGAGGCGGCGGCCGUGAAGUCAUCACCAUCUACUCUUAAAAAAAAAAAAAAAAAAAAACUCUCUACCCUACCCUGCACACAUGGGCUGUUGCCAUGGAUACCGGUCACCGGGCAUUUUUGGGGAAGAAGCCUAAUCUGGUUUUUAUGAAGGGCGGGGGGUUGUUGGAAGGCGGGACCACUUGUGACUUACAGAAGGUUUGAAGGACCUCAGGAUGAAGGAAAACGAAUCAGUUGACUGGCUGAGCGAGCGAGCACAGUGUGUGUCCACGCCGGGCCACCGUACCCCCGCACAGGGACGAUAGAGCAUAGAGACACUUUAUAUUGUUCAUUUAACUCUGAAAACGUUGUUAUGUUCUGUUACAUUUUCAUAUUCUUUCCCUCUUGUGUUGAUGUUGUCACGUUACUGGCACUCACUGUGUAAAGAAAAGCAAAGAAGUGAAUGUGUGAUAUGGAGCUGGUAGUCUUUAUGUUGUGUGGUGCACUCUGGGAGGUGCAGGGACGUCUGCUGAGAGGACAGGCUGUGCAGGAAGCUCAUAACAAUACAUACUGGAUUUUUGUGCUAAAUGUUUUCAUUUAAUGUAACUUUAAAGAAACUGGAACUACAGAGAGGGAAAGCUGUCUAGAAGCUGCUGGUUAGGUUGCAGAACAAGUUUACCCAUAAAGCAGCAUUGUAGUCGUAGUAUUCUGUGCUUGUCCAUGAUUAGGUGAAGGAGCGACCAGCGGUUGAACGUGCACCACAUGUUGGAUCACCUUCUGUUAGUCACAUGGGAGCAUUUCAGAUAUUUGGUACUUGAUCAUUGGUCAGCAUCUCCCACCCUUAAAGAACACUAUUGUUUUAAUAGGGAAAAUAGCCAUAGUUCAUAUUCUAGGACCCUUUGUAAGCUCUAUACAAUGACACAUUACAUGUAUACAUAUUUAUGCUAACUGAAGUAGUGCUCAGUUGGGAGUAACUAGGUUUUUUAAUCCAAGGGCUGUUUGACAGCAUGCAGUAGUGUAAAGAAAUAGUAGAUUUCUAAUUUGGUUCAAACUUUAAAGUUGCCCUCAGAAUUAUUUUUGGCUAAAUAUAAAAGCACAAACUGACAUGAGAUUUAGCGUAAUUCUUCCCAUAGCCACGUAGUUUCAGCACUGUUGACUUUGCACUACCUAUCUUUCAGCACUUAAUUCAUUCAUCGUGUACUCGCAGCUGUUUCUGUCUCCUGGUCAGUUCACCACGACAUUCUUCUUCUACAUUCUGCUACAAGUGGAAAAAAAUACUGCUUAAUGAGCUCAUGAAAAUAGGAUGCAGACAGCAAGUAAUUCCAUGCUAUUUAAUACUCAUGUUUCAAUGUUUUUUUUAUAUAUAUAUAAUAUUUUACCAAACAAAACUCUUCAGGCUUUGAGUCCCAGACUGAGUAGAUG